CUGGCAGACUCGGAAUAAGCGCACGAAUGCAGUUUUUUUGUAUUUUGUGGAAUGCUUUCCAAGAAGACGUGAAUAUAUUUCUUACUGUGCUGGAGACAAAAAUCGAGGCAAGUGGACGAUGGUGACCGCAUUUGGAUUCUCGCGUUUACCUCAAAAUAUGAAACAAAGAGGACGAGAUUCAUGGCGACCGCUGCUCGCCGGCUUGGUUGUGCUUCUAUUCGCCAGAGCGGCCUCGGCGCAGCAGAGAUACUCUAUAUCUGAGGAAGUCAAAGAGGGGGCAUUUGUUGGGAACAUAGCUAAAGAUUUGGGAAUUGACCUGAGCAUAAUGAAGCAGAGGGGAUUUCGCAUUAUGUCUGGUUCGAGUGAACCUCUUUUUAAGGUAAAUGAGAACGACGGCGUUCUUUACACGAACCGUAAAAUCGACCGAGAGGAAGUGUGUAAGGAGAGCACUGCGUGUUUGAUCAACCUUAAAACAGUUCUCGAAAACCCACUUGAGGUACAUUAUGUCACCGUGGAGAUAACGGAUCUAAACGACCACUCUCCCACAUUUCCAGAGAAAACAAAAAGGCUCGAAAUCUUUGAGUCUGCGUUGCCAGGGGCAAAAUAUCAGCUGCAAAAUGCCCACGAUCCGGAUGGUGGCACAAACACAGUCCAACAGUAUAAAAUCAGUCAGAAUGACCAUUUUCGUUUAGAAAUUAAAGAUCGAGGACGAGAUGGGAAAACACCAAUUUUACAAUUACAGAGGCAGCUAGACAGAGAGGCCAAACGUAGCCAUAGAUUGGUGUUGACUGCCACAGAUGGCGGAAACCCCCCGAAAACAGGUACAGUUGAAAUAUACAUAGAUGUGCUAGAUGUUAAUGAUAAUAUGCCUGUGUUCACAAAGGACACGUAUUCAGUCGUGCUACAGGAGAACGCCCCAACUGGCACAACGGUCAUACAAGUCAACGCAACUGAUAUGGACGAAGGUGCCAACGGAGAAGUCGUUUAUUCAUUUGGCAGUGAUGUAAAAGACAAAAUUCGAGAACUGUUUGACAUCGACUCUGUCACUGGGGAGAUCACCGUGAAAGGUAAUGUAGACUUUGAGGAACAAGACAGCUACGAUAUUGAUGUACAGGCCUCCGAUAAGGGAAGCAUUCCAUUCAGAACAGAUAAAAGUGUCAUCAUUAAAAUUGGAGAUACAAACGAUAAUCCUCCGGAGAUAGAGGUGGCAUCCCUGUCAAGUGCAGUUUCAGAGGACUCUAGACCAGGAACAACCGUGGCGCUUAUCAGCAUCACCGAUUUAGAUUCUGGCAUGAAUGGAAAAAUAAUUAGCUAUGUCUCUGAAGACAGUCCCUUUACAUUAACUCCAUCUAUACAGGAUAACAUGUUUGCUGUCGUCACUAAAUCACUGCUAGACAGGGAACAACAAUCGAGUUAUGAUAUCACAAUAAUCGCUAAAGAUGCAGGUGAACCAGCACUGACAUCCGAAAAGACUAUUCACGUGUUUGUAUCGGACACCAACGACAACAGCCCUGAGUUUUCAAUGAGCCCCUACACUUUCUACUUGACCGAAAAUAACACGCCAGGAGCCUCUGUGUUUUCUGUGAGGGCGUCUGAUCGUGACGAGGGAGAAAAUGCGCUUAUUUCAUAUCAUAUUUUCAGGAAUGCAGUUUAUGAAAACAAAGUGACGUCAUUUCUUAAUAUCAACUCAGAAAACGGAGACGUUGUGUCGCUAAAAAGUUUCGACUUUGAAACGCUGAAAACUUUCCACUUCCACGUCGUUGCGUCAGAUUCCGGAACUCCGUCACUGAGCAGCAACGUCACAGUGAACGUGUUCAUUCUGGAUCAGAACGACAACGCUCCAGUCAUCCUGUAUCCAGUCAGCUCCAACGGUUCUGCUGAAGGUGUGGAGGAGAUUCCCCGCAACGUGAACGCAGGACACUUGGUGACUAAAGUCAGAGCCUAUGACGCUGAUAUAGGAUAUAACGGCUGGUUACUGUUCUCACUGCAGGAAGUGACUGACCACAGUCUCUUUGGUUUGGACCGCUACACAGGACAGAUCAGAACACUUCGCUCAUUCACAGAGACAGACGAGGCUGAGCACAAACUGAUCAUACUGGUGAAAGACAACGGGAACGUUUCUCUCUCAGCAACAGCUACUGUGAUUGUCAAACUCGUGGAGCCCAAAGAGGCUUUUGCAGCUUCUGACGUUAAGAGUUCAACAAAAGCAGAUGAAGACAACAAUGUGACUUUUUACCUGAUGAUAACUUUGGGCUCAGUUUCAGCACUUUUUCUCAUCAGCAUCGUCGUGUUGAUUUCCAUGCAGUGCUCAAAAUCAUCCCCAGACUACACUUCUAAAUAUCUACAAGAGACUAAUUAUGAUGGGACACUGUGUCACAGCAUCCAGUACAGAUCUGGAGACAAACGCUACAUGUUAGUUGGACCCAGGAUGAGUAUAGGAUCUACUAUAGUCCCAGGAAGUCAUGCGAACACUCUGGUGCUCCCUGACAGGAGGAGGGGAUCUGGAGAGGUAAGACCAAUAGUUUCCCUCUUUCCACGAAAUAUGUGUAGAAUCAUGUUGUGCAAAUAG